CUCUACCCCCCAUACUGUUAACACGCGCACACAUGCGCAUGCACACACGGCGGGCAUACUACGCUUUUUACAACUCGUUUCUCGGAGGGCCUCUCCGUCUUCGCUUCCUACUUGAACAACGCCAACGUCAGUGGGGCGUAGAGCAACUGGAGAUGAAGUCGUCCUGACCCCUUCUUUUGCUCGGAGUGUGGCGAUGGCCGUGGGCCGGCCCGUCGACAUGAGUCUGAUGGACAUAUCCAAGAUCUUCUCCCUGCUCCAGCCCCAGGAGGACGACGAGGACGGCGAGCAGGCCCGGGCCUUGAACGACGCCGCGGGCGCCAACGACGCAGCCCUGCUCUCCGAGCUCCUCGCUCAGGAGAAGUACCGGCGGUGCGUCAACGCUCCGAGCGGCUGGGGGGUCCCGGUGACCCCCCUGCGCACCGCCGCUGCCCUGGGACACCUGAGGUGCCUGGAGCUCCUGCUGGAGCACGGGGCGGAGAUAGACGUUUUGGACGUGAAGGCCCAGACGCCUCUGUUCACAGCUGUGAGUGGGAAACACUUGGACUGCGCGUCGGCCCUGCUGAAGGCGGGAGCCGACCCCAACGGCAGCCAGUACAACAACUGCUCCCCGGUGCUGACCGCCGCCAGGGAGGGUGACGCAGACAUUCUCCGGGAGCUGCUGCGGUUUGGAGCCGAGGUGGACGUCCGGCCAAAGGUCCCCGAGUGGGCCUCCAACGCCACAGCCUGCAGAGGGCCCCUGUACAUCUCAGCCAUCUAUGGACACCUGGGCUGCUUUAAGCUGCUCCUGCUCCACGGCGCCAACCCCAACUAUAACUGCACGGAUGAGAAGAUGCUGGCCAGGAUCAAGCAACCCAAGACGGUGGUGGAGGUGUGUCUCCGUUACGGCUGUGGGGUGGAGUACAUUCAGCUGCUGGUAGACUUCGGGGCAGACGUCUACCUGCCGACACUCAUUAUUGACAAAACUACAAAGCAGAAUGAAGCGCUACUGCUGCUGCUCAGAGAGAGAGUUUGUCCCAAAACGUUGAUGUCACAGGCUCGGCUGGCAAUCCGAAGACACAUCCCGUUUGCCGACAAGGACCCUGCAAUAGACAGUUUGGACAUACCUCUGGUCCUGAGGAACUACUUAAAGCACAUAAACGCUGAACCUGAGUGAUUUGAGUUUGAGUUUACCGCUUUUUCAGUUUUUUUUUCAUUUGUUUUGCUUGCUUGAUUUUUUUUUCCCCUCAAAUUUCCUCAAUGAAAAGGACAAGGGGAAAACUAGCAGCGGUUUUGUCUUGUUCACAUUUUGGAACUACAACCACACUUUAGUGGAUUUUAGUCAGAUUUUGAGUGACAGAGUAAAACACAAAAGGGAAUAAUUAGAAUGUGGGCGGGGGGGGCGGGGGUGAACAGUGAUGCAUGGUUUUCUACAUCUUUGGCAAAUUAAAAUGUUAAAGAUGUGGUAUUGUUUUUAUUCAACCCCUGAGUCAAUGCGUGGUAGAACCAUCUGCUGCUGUUGUAGCAGCUGCAGUCGUGUUGUUGUUGUUGUUGUUGGGGUUCAUCUCCAAAACACUGACAUCUUUUGCACUAUUUUAUAGCACAAGCUCAAGUUCGACAAAAAGUAGAACAUAAAGAUCCAUUUUCAUCUUGCUGUCUUGCAAACCCAGUUGGACUUGGUCAAAGAUAUUCUGGCACAAUUUUUUUAAAAGGUAUGUUGGAAAUACCAGCGUACGCAUUUCAGAAUCUUAUUUAUAUCGUUUUCCAAUCUGUCCUCAAUCAUGCGCUACUUUAAUCUACCUCAUAAAAUAGAAAAUAUAUUGAAUAAUGUGGUCAUAGUCUAGUUGCAGCAUCUGGAAAAGUUCAUUGUUGAAACAUCACGAGGGCUGGUCAGGCUCUUUAGAUCUCUUUGUGUGCUUCACCAAUUAGGACAAAGGAUUAUCCAAAUGGAGUCCAUGUUGGGGGGGAAAAAAUGUGUGUGAAGUGUAACACCGUGUCCGGCCACUAGAGACCACAGUCACACAGCACAACGCUUCUGUCCCCAUUAGAGGCUCCUCAUGGGCAGCUUGGAUCAUCCAACCAUGGUGUGUUUUUGCAUCAGCUUCAAGACCCCACUCAAUUUAGACCCGACUGAAAAAACAGACAUGCGCACACACACGCACCAGGACGUCUCAGAUCUCCGGCAGCAGAAAAGAAGAAGAAGGAGAAAAAAAAAACCUUGCAUCUUUGGACUUCAAAACAUCAGGAAGCGGAGUGAACAGCCUACGAUUCAGCGUAGCCAAGAGGGAGAGACGUUUGCGUAACUCCCAUUACUUAUUCACCGCAGCGGAGUCAUAUGUGAGCUACCGUUUGUGGCUGGGAGUGUGUUGAUUUCUUUUAUUUCUGUGACGCGAUUGUGUUUAUCUCAUGCCCUUUAAUCUUUCCUUUUGUAAUGUCUCCUGGAGUGAGCGUGUCAUGUGUGGGAAGCGGCUCCUGCAAACAGGAGGUGAUGUCACACGACAGGAAACUCAAUAACAAUGCAACCCCACCGUC